CGACGCCAUCUUUUUUACAAAAAUGGUAGAGGACAAGUGAGGUCUCCUUGCAUGGUAAACAAAUUAUACCACUUAGUAUAAAUUUUACUCAUCGCAAAACUCUGUAGUUAUCGGUUUGUUACCUUGCUAGUUAUUCAAUGUAACUGACGAGUUACUGACGAGGAACAAAGACAUGUUUCAGAGGAAGAAUAAUAACUUUAAGUACAUCCUGAGUCUUGUGCCAGGGAAGCGUCGCUUUGGGUUGUAUAGAUUUCUGCCUGUCUUCUUUGGUAUUGGAGGUGUGAUGGAAUGGAUCAUGAUCAACGUGAGGAUAGGAAGGGAGACAUUCUAUGAUGUCUACAGAAGGAAAAAGUCAGAGAGAGAAUACCAGCAGAAGAUUGAAGAAGGAUUGAUUGCACAUACAGAUCCAGUAGCCAAGUAAAUGACCACUGGACAUGAAAACUGAUCAAACAAAUAAUGUGACCUCAGUGCAAACACUGGUUCAAGAGAUCCAUAUUUUAUGUACUCUGUUUUGCUGAUAUUUGACAAGCCAAACAUGACAGUGUUAUUUGUAUAAUAAAAAUGUUCUUUACUCAGUGGAUACAUUGCAGUGUAGUUAGAAUUUUAUUUAUUCUGAUACAUGUAAACAGUAUGGCAAAUGUCUUUUUAAACCAAUACAAAUAUGGGUUAACAAUAUCAAAUGUGUGCAAAUUGUAGUUCCACUACUAUGUACAUUUACUAGCAAUGAUUUAAUAAAAAAAGUAGAUGAAUGCAA